UCAAAUCUCUCCAGAUUUCCACCUCACUGACAUGUCAUUAUUUGUCUAUCGUUGCGGAAGUUGAGGCGUUGAUGUAAAGGAUCGGAAUACCCUGCCUUUUUUCGAGGAUUUUUUAGUUCUGACCUUUUCUUUGGCCCUUGUUUGGAGAGCAACACCAGCAGACGGGCGACGUUUUCGCCCUCAAUUGUGUUUCGCUUGCCAUGAGUAGCACGGCUCUCCGUGAGCGCGUUCGUAAGUCACUUUCUAAAUCCAUCAAGGGAAAUGCUUGCAAAUUCCGAUUUACGAUCACUUAUGAGUACGUGGACCUAAAAUGCAAUAAUAGAUGGUAAGUUAAGGGUUUUGUUUCUAAAAGAACGAGUUAUUUGUGACUGAGGUGGCUCUUUAUUAGAACGUCAAUGUCUGAGAGGAAGUUAACUACAUGUAGACACAGAACAUGACAGAAGCCUUUGCUUGUUCUUGAUUGUUGUACGUGAUUGUGACGAUUCUUCUAUAUUGAACAUAUUAAGAGAGAGCUCUCUAGACAACAAACACGGUACAAACAACUUUAAAAAUUUUGUUUAGCAUCAAUAUCAGGUAUUUUUCUCUUACGUUCGCUGUUUCCUCGUAUAACUAGCGACGCCUAGUAAUAGUGCAAUUUUAGUGUGAUUGUUUAACAAGUAAUUUAAUUAUUGAUUAUUUAGUUAUUCCUUUAUUUACAUUAAUGAUAUUGUAAUGAAUGCUCUAGCUCUACUACCAAAUUUAAACCUAAAAUUCGAAAGCGUAAUAGCCUAGCUUAAAGAGCUUAUAUUUCCUGUAGAUUCAUGUCGAAUUCUUCGCAUGUUUUCAAUUUGAUCAUUCCAUCAUCUGGCUGCCCCCAUCCAUUCUCGCUCCUUCGACUUUUUCCUGUUUCCUUUUCAUGGUGACAGAUAUUAGACCCAGCUUGCCUUUUUUUGGAAAACAGUUUUCCAAUCGAAUCCCUUCUAUAUUCGUUAGCUAGAACUAGUGUGGCAGUUCUUUCCUUCCUCACUGCUUUUUUAGUGUUGUCACGCAAGGUACAUAUAUUGCGUGACGACACUAAAAAGAUAUGAUUUGGGAGAACAGAAUUUUAUAAAAGGUUCAUUAUAUGGUUUAGCCCAGAAUUAAAUAAGUGCAAAUGCACUUUCAGUUGGUCAGAAACAUCCCCCAAAAAAGUUUCCCCAGUUUUAUUUUGUCCUGUUUUUGUCUAUCCCUGAUUCCCUAAUCAGCCCCAUGCAUGCAGCUCUAUGCCCUGGAUAAACCACUAUGUACCGGUAACCAAUGGAUAAGUAUUGUGGAAAGCGGUAAAUUAAGUUAUUAGGUAAAAAUUUAUUUGGAGUCGAUAAGAAGAUAAGAAAAAGAGGAAGACAAACUGGAGCACAAAUACACACAUUCAUAUAACUUUAUUUAAACUCGGAUUUAGAAUAGCUCGAGAGAGCUAGUAUCUCUAAGUAUAAUAAACCAACCCAAAAUACACUAACCCAUGACCUGGCCAGUACCUCAUGCAUGCGCACAGCCAUAUCACCGGGCAGUGGUGGUCAUGGACAGCUGUUUUACCCUUGGUGUGUGUUUUCCCUUCUUACAAUUUGUCUUAAUUUUGAUUUACUGGCACACAGAGCAGCAUAAAUGCUGAUCUGCCGUCCCCGUGCAUGCCAUGGGAGAACUGCCGCGCAGUUCCCAGCCAACAGCUCCCACAUGUGUUGUGUGAAGCUGGCACUUAAAAGAGUACUAUUGCACUUACCUUGGCAGUAAAGGGCCUAUGAUACACACUGUUUUGUCUGUUCAUGGGUCCGAUGGUUAUGCCAUGCUUAUGAACCCCAACAAGUGUGAAACAGCCUUUUGCUUACGGUAAUGUUAGGGAAACUUCAGACUCUGCACAGUACAACAUCAUCAAAAUGUUUUUAACAGUUUGUCAUCCGUAGGCUUAGAAGCUUUUACUUGUACUGAUUAAGUACCUACAAUGCCUAUUCUCUUUCAAGUGCAUUUGUGGGGGUUGGGGGGGGGGGGGGGGGGGGGUUUUUUUCGAAAAAGCUAUACGUAUUAACUGCUUUAAAGGUCGGGUCUUGGUGGGCAAUAAAAUGGGGAUUUUACCCUUUUUGGGAUUUUUUCAAAAACAAAUGGAAAAUUUUCUUUACCCUUUUGCCUUGUUUAAAAACCCCAAAACGUGUAAAACUGCUUUUUGCUUAGGGUAAUGUUAGGGAACCUUCAGCCUCUCCAAAGAAAAAAAUUAUAAAAUUUUUUUUAAUGGUUGUCCAUCCGGAGGUUAAGAAGUUUUUUUUUUUACUUAUUAAGUACCUAAAAUCCUUUUUUUUUUUCAGGUGGUUUGGGGGGGGUGGGGGGGGGGGGUGGGGGGUAUAUUUCGACAAAGCUAUACGUAUUAACUGCUGUAAAUGUACUGUCUUUGAUGGCCAUAAAAUGUGGAUGUUAGCCCUUUUGGGACUUUUUACAAAACACAAUGACAGAUUUCCUUAACCUUUCAUAUACUUCAACCCAAGGCUGUGCUCUAAGGAAAAUUGUAGGGAGCCCAGUUCUCUGUACCUGUAAAAUCUGGGAUGCCUAGCGUAUGAUAUGUGUGAAAGAAGAAAGAUUUUCUAGUCGCCCCAAGAGCAAAACUUAGGAGCCAGGGGCCAGCAGGCUCUGCUAGAGCACAGCCUUGCCUCAACCCAUGAAUUCCCUACCCAUACUUUGAUAUACCCGAAGUCUGACAAAGGUGCUUACCUUUCUGGGCAGACCCUCAACCAUAUAGGCCGUCAUAGAAACUGCACCCUCCACUUGGGGUUGAUUUUAAUUUGAAUAAAUAUUCAGAUAUUUUAAUUUUUCAAAAUGCUUCUUGAUCCAGUUAAUAUUAUGUUUUAUGAUUUAUAACACAAUUUGAUACAAUCAAAACUCGAAAUUUACUGACCUACGAUAAUAACACGCGGAAUGAACACAAGACACGUUUGGGCGUAAAAAUUUGUUUAUUGAUUCACCAGUAUUGUUUGCACCCCCAGGGAGGAAGGGAGGGAAUUCAAACGAUAUGAACAGUACAUGAUAGCACAAACAAGGUUAGCUGCAUCGUGUGGGAUGCGAACAUGGUACCCCGAUAGAUUGUACAUAGCUAAUCUACUGUCCAUAAUUAAUCUCUACUAGGCAACCAACUUGUUUGAGUAUUGUUUGGUUCCGAGGCCACCGAUCUAAAGUAUCUGAGAAGGUAACUGCAACUUUUAUCUUGUUCAUCUAUUUUAUAUUGAAGUCAACAUUACUUAAUAUCUAUGAAAUAUUCUAAAUAUACUGUGUUAAAACAUGGAACCAGUAUUAAAACAAGGAUGAUAUUUUAGCUCCAAUCCAAUAUUUUAGCAUAAUUUAUUAAAAGAGACAGUUCCAAUCUUUGUCAUUGAAAAAAUGUAUUUUGUUUUAAACUGUUUUGGUGUUAAUGGUGUUUCCUGUAAAUGUCAUUGUUGGUGACACUGCAUAAUUGAUAGAAAUAAAAAAAACAAUUUCAUUUCAACUUUUUUCUUCAUUUCCCUUCUUAUUCAGUUGAGUUACUGGUAGUGGCCCCUGAGUGUCUUUCAUUGUUCCACCCUUUGCAGGGAGCAAGGGUGGUGCACCAUGGUGAAAGCACUGGUCUCGCACCUAGUGACAACAUACAUAUACGGUGUAUUUGGGUUGACUUUGUUGUUGGUUCUCUCCCUUGCUCUGAGCGGUUUUUCUCCAGGCACUCCAGCUUUCCCCUCUCCUGAAAAGCCACCACUUCCAAAUUCUGAAUUUAUGCACAUUUACACAAGUUUUUGAGAAAGCCUAAGUGCUCAAUGUACGUAAAAAAAAUUCAGUUCACAGUUUACAAUUUUACAAAAUUGUCCUUGUGAUGAUUAAUUUUCAUAGCCGACAUCAAAAGUGUCAAUAGUGGAUGAAAAGACAGGAGUAGUCAGCUAUGCUGCCAACUGGUUCCCACCCAACUCUGUGGAGUUGGUUGUUACACUUUAUAAGGUACAACUUUAAGCUUUUAAUUUUUGUUUCCUUCUUUUUCCUCGCACCUUUACAUAAUUAUGUAAUACACUACAGUAAAAGUCUGUCCUGCACCCAAGGGCAUUUCACUACCCAAACAGGGCAUGCUCAAAAUAACACUUAAUUUAUAAAUUUCCUUUUGUAAAAUUCUGAAAAACAAAACACUACCACAAAGUACUGCCGAAGAGGUUGCCCGAUGUUUUGUACACAUUACAGUUUAGAAGGAUUUGUAUGGAGUCAUCAGAGCAUUUUAUAACUGGGCCAAUAUAUAUAUCUCAGAGACAUUUUGCCCCAAAAUGCUUAUUUUUGGUAAGUAGGCAUCUUGCAUGUUGUUCUUUCAGAAUAUCUUGACAAAUCCCAUAUAAUUUCACAAAUUUAAUUUUUAGACGUCUGCAUCACUUUAGAACCUCUUGAUACACUCAAGAGAAACGGCCAUGCACUUAACACUUAAUUAGCAGUGUUCUUAUUUAGUCUUGUACGUAUAUAAGUAGCACUUAACAUGGACCUAGAACAAAUACUGACAAAAAAAUUUAUUGUCUAUAUUUCACAAGUUAAUAUUUUUGUUAGAUGUGCACAUACCGGUAAUUUGAUAUGAAUGAGAAUCUUUGCAUCAUGUAUGCUGGUAGAUCAUCAUGCCCGUCUAAUGAAUGUAGAUACAACAGACUAUACCAGGAAAAAUUAAUUCUGAGUCUUGAUGUGAAUUUCUUUUUUUUUAACAGGACUUUACCGGUAUCAUGUUCAAAAAGAAGGACUACAUGUUUGUCCUUGAAAAUGUAAGUCAUCCUCCCCACAUAGAUAGAGUGUUCUCUAACAACACACUCAGUUGUGGCCUCUGAUGUCAGGAUGCAAUGGCAACAAGGAGGUCAAAAAAGCAGUAGGGUCAGAUUAACAAAACAAUAAUUUUGCACAUGCAGUACGCUUUUUGGGCCUUGCAGGGAGGUGGGAUGUGUAAGCAUAUCGCAGCUUAAAAGUCUCAGUUAAUUGGUCUUUCAUGAAAUUUAAUCAUUGAUCAGAAGCUAAAAGUGGUUCUAAUUCUUUUCCAAAUUCUUUCACACCUCUACUUGGAAAAAGAAAAAUUCAACCACUAACUGUUAAUUAAAAUUUCAAACAUAACAUUUUCAGUGCCUUGUUUUAGAAGUAAGUAAAUUAAGGAGGGGGGGGGGGGGGGAAUAUACACUAUAAGAUUUUGUGUUAUUAAUAUAUAUUAAUCAUAAAAAGUGAAAAAUGGUUUUUUCUUUUUUUAUACAAAUUUUCUCCAUACUCUAAUAAAAAAAAAAAAACUACCACCUAAAUUUAGUAAAAAAUAUAAAAAAAAAUUGUUUGUCUUUGUUUUUUUAAAUGAAAGUUAAAAAGAAGGGGGGGGGGGGGGGGGGUGAAACUGAGUUUUCACAUAGCAGUAGAGGUCAGAUGAGUGAAGUCCUAUAGUUUUCUUAGUGCAAGAUAGCUGGUCAUGCAGCUUACAUGUACUACUGUAACGUUUUCUCUAGCACUACAUGUACUUUGGUGUAGACUUCUGUUUACUGAAAACCAGCUCCUAGCAGCUUACUGGCUAUGUACUGUGAGAAAAAGGAGUAGAAGGGGUUGAGGGAGUGGUGUGCAAGCUCCUGAUACUAGAUAUAGCUUUUGGUGUGUAGACUUGUCUAUGAGUUUGACUUCAUAGAAAUCUAUUAUGUUUCAUAGGUUACUCCUGAUGCAAGAAAGAAGCUUGCUUUAUUUCCGUGUAACAUGGCAGAAUAUGCUUCAGCUCAGAGUGAAGUGUAAGAUAAUUACUUGUCUUAAAUGCUUGAAUUAUGCCCAUCUUCAAAUAAACACCCCUUUAUGUCCAAAAUGUAGGAAGUAAAGACCCCUUCCUAAUAUAUAAUAAAAUUGCUCCUCCUUCCCUAAGCUGAAAGAGUGAAUAAGGGUACUUACUGUUAAGCCUCCUUUAGAUUGGCGGUUGAUUAUACUGCACAGAUUUUACACAAAAAUGCAAACAAAUACAAGGCAAUGAUUUUGUUCUCAGCAAACUUUUGCUUAGUAAUACAUUUUUUUAAUUCAUCCUCAUACAUUUAUCAUAUCCUUACCAUCUUCUAUUCAACCUAUUAAAAUGAUCUCAAAAUUUUACUGAAAGAAUGUAAUUUAGCUUAUGCAGACCUUUUGCCAGUCAUUAUAUUGAUGGCUGCUAUUUUCUUAAAUAUUGCUUGUGAACAGCUGAAAAUCGCAAGAUAUUAACCAGCCAUUUUGAGUUUCGAAAGUAAAUUGUAAAUUUGUCUUUACACCUUCUAUGGGUUAACUUGUAUGCUAGAAUGGAAAAGCAAACAUGGGAACAUCAUGUCAACGGCAAAUAUUAAUUUGCUUAAACAAGUCUUUAAGGUUUUUAACAAUAUGACAGUGGCCAUUGAUGACAGUCAAGAUCUUUGCAAAGUUUAAUUAGUAAAGCAGUGAAAAUCAAAUAAAUCUGAGUAAAUCUCCCUUAGACACAUUUGUAAUUCGUUUUUUCACUUGACCCCUUUAAUAGCAAUACCUAUCGCAAUGAUGUGUUAAAUCGGUUAUCAUUAUUAUUAUCAGUACUGUAUUAUUUUAUAAUAUAAUUCUUCUAUAAUUUUCUUCUUCUACUUCUUAUUAUUGUCAUAAAGAUCUUGUCUUAUAUUUGGUUUUAUAUUGUCUAUGUAGAUUUGACUUAGAAAUGGAAUUUAAAGCUCUCUCGAAGAAAAUUUCCUCAGCAAGGCUGGGAGCAAAAGUGAAGUGUGAAUUCAUAAAGGAAGGAAAAGUGGAGUAUGUAGAUUGAUACAAAAAUAAAUAAUGGCGCUUGUGCAAUUUAACAAAUUGAUUCAACUUUUUCGUGUGCCCUUUUAGAUUAAACAUGACAUCAAAAUUAUAUUAAGAUCGACCAAAGUAGUUGGUCACUAAUGUUCUUAUCACAUUUUUUCAUGUACGUUUUCAGUGAUCCGAGUAGUCACACUGCAUUUCAUGCUCGCAAAAUGAAAUUAUUUGCUGUCAAAGAUGAUCUUUUCCGUGGAAAAAGCGAUAGUGCAGAUCGACCAUGUUUUUUCGUUCAUGUUUUGUACAUUCUUUUUGUUUUUUUUUUUUAUCUUGAACUUGCGUGAAAAUUUGUGUAUUAGACUCUUGCAAGCGAUCAGGUUUCAGCGGGAUCUCCGCUCUUAGGUUUGGCUUUUUUGGCUUGCUUUGUGACCUUAGUUUUACAAUACCUUUCAUUUCAGGGGAGUGUUUUAAACAUUUUGCUACAAAAGAACAUUUUUGAGAAGUACAAUCGACAAAUGUUUAGAGUGUAGCGUUGCGUCUUUUUGUCGUCCUGUCCCGAUGUUAUAUGAUAUAUAAUAUGCCUGGCAUUGGCAGAAAUUGCACAAAAGUAACUAAGGCUAGGGCCAAACGUCGAAUUUUUCAUGCAACAAAUCAAACUGAGUGAGUUAACUUCUUGUAAAUUCAUGAUAAGUUCGACGUUUGUCUCAGAUUAAGUUCGUUUUACUGAGUUUGCAUCGACAAACGCGUUCUAUCAGUCCAAUCAGACGGAUAGAUAGUGUAAAGGUGCCCCUUUUGAAGCAAUAGCAGAUAUAUAUAAUGAGCUGUUCGUCGAGAAAACGGUGAUUUUGCACAUAGCGGGAUUCCACCGUACGACCGUAAACUUUUUCGCGUCAUAUCUUUUUCUUUACUUAAAUCUACGCUUCAUCCAGCAAAGGCCUUAACUAAAUGAAGGUCGACCCAAAUGGCAAUUUGGCUCGUCCCACUGCAUGAAAAGUUCGACGUUCGGCCUAACAUUUCACUUGAUUAUGCACGCCGUUUUUUUUCUGUUUUCUACAUCUUAUUAACUACUAGACUUUUAUGUACUAUUUAGAAGAAUUUUUCUGAUCCUACUGUUCGAUAUUUUCUACCAAAGUGAGGAUGAUAUGCAGAGUAACUUCAGCCAUCUCAGUGAAGCUGAGUUCACAUCAAGACUUUCUGAACUGGCAGAAUACAGUGACGAGGAGGAGGAGGAGAACGAAGAAGAGAAGAAGGAAAACAGCUCAAAUAAACUUGCAGAUCGUUCAAAACAGUAAGUGUGUUGAGGGACUACUGAUAUCCAUCUCUUGCCUUUUUUGUAUGGAUAUUUCUCUACACACCACCCUAAGUGAUACGCUUAUAGCCAGAAAUAUUGGCCUUUCGUCCCAAACGCCCUAAGUGAGACCAAAAUUUGCAAUUUACACCCCUAAGUGAGUCGACGAGUUCCCAACACUUUCAGAUUGAAAUCCCCCUCCCCCAGGCCCCCGUCCCUCUGUCUGUCCUAUUCUCCCUCCGUGUGUCCGUCUUACCAGUCAAUCAUCAAUCAAUCGAUCAAUCAGUCAAUCAAAACAUCCAACUUGUCAGUCAGACAAUGAAUUAAUCAAUGUACAACAAUUUUUUUGUUAUACAAUUACUGGGACUUGGUCCCAAAGUUUUGUGCAGUUAAUUUGUUGAAGGAUCAUUAAGGGGACUAUAAAAUUAAAAGGAUGUUUUUCGUGUUUAUCACCUUAUUCUCUUACAGCACCUGGUCUCAGUUCAUCGAUGAAAUGAAAACGCUGGAAUAUAAAAAUCUAGUUGUGAUAGGUAAUCCUCUAGCUGAUACUCCAACUAACGACGUCAGUCAAGGUGAGACAAUAAAUAUUAAACCGUCCAUCUAACCUGGCGAUUUUGAUGAAGUUCCUUGCCAUGAACUGCUAUUUCAAGUUCAGUUCAUCCAUUAUCCAUGCGCAUUCUUGCCAUCCGUUGCAACAGAAAACAGGAAACAGUUUCAAUACCUAAAUAUGGCCUUAAAUAAUAAAAAAACUAGACCAUUUUUUUGGAAUUCAAUUAAUGCGAAAAACGUUUUAGCUUUUUGAAAAGAUAACAAAUAGCAUGACGCAGUCCCUUUAACUCGUCCAUCACUUUACCAAGGCCCUACAACCAACAAACAACAACAACCAACCAUUUUAUUUGCCAACUUAAAAAACAUUUACAAAGAAAAGAAUAGAUUAUAAAUAUAUCAGGUAAAAAACUAUCAAGCUGAAUAGUUGCAAUACUGAUUAAAUUACAUUUUAUGGGGUCGUGACACACGAAAGAUCUUGAAUUGUCUUAAAUGUAGGAGAAAAAAUAAUAGUAAUGAAAAAUAGGUGAAUUAAUUAAUUUAAUUAAAAUAACAUAAAAUACUGCAGAACAACAUAAAACAAACAAACAAACAAACAAACAAACAGAAACAAAACGGUACCAGGGAAUUAUGAAGUUUACAUUAAUAAGGGUAACUGGCAUACAUGCUAGCCAGCAUCAACAGUAAGUGUAAAAGAUCUGCCUUCAUCGUUUGCUUGAAUAAAUGCAAAGAACUACUUUUUAAAUUUUCAUCCAGAAUAUUCCAAACAGAAGAACCAGAGAAGUGUGUAUAAAAUACCGUAAUUAGUUCUGACCUGAUCAAUAUAAUAAGUUGACUUUGAUGCUAGCCUAGUACUUUACCCAUGCUUAGAUGAUAUAUUAAGUGAAAGAAUUCGUGUUUUGCAACUAGAAUUUGUUUUUGCGCGUAUGACUACAUUAGGAAAGGGAACUCAGUGUUGUGAAUUCAUACUGUGUCUGCAUACAAGUGAGGGUAUCCGCUUACGGGACGUUCGACUGUGUUAUUUAGUUAAGCCAUCAUAGGUUUGAAGCCUUACACACUAUUUUGGAAUGAUAUUAUCUCCCUUUAUUAUAGGUGAAACUGACCAAAAUGCAGACUUAGAGACAGAUUUACAGGCUCAAUCCGAUAGCUACAGCCGUAAACUCUUGGAAAGAAACAGAGAGAGAAGAAAAGUCGUCAGUGCCGCACUGGAAGAUCUAACAGAAUGUGAUGAAGAAGAGGAGCAGAACCCGUCUCUAAACCUAUCCACUUCGCCAGUGUCUCCGUUAAGUUCUUUCAAAAACAAGUUUUCGUUUAAAGGAAGAAGUAAGGUAAGGAGCGACGCGCCUUUAACUCUUUAAGCAGUAAUAUCAACAAGUAUAUUCUCCACAAUGUUUUCCGUUUAUUUUUUUUACUACCAAUCACGGGAAUUUAAGUUAAUUUUCUUCAUUUUCUUUACUCUCGAGAUUAACAUGUACAUGUUGAGUAAAAAGUGCUGUUGUAAGAAGAAAUAAGGUUCUCACAUUGCUCGCUAUUAAGGGGCGUAAAAAUAUUCCACGAUUAUUUCUGUUAAGUCAACGUAGAGGUUUGUGACAGGCUGCAUAAGCGACUGUCACGAUGUUUGUUGCCCGCAAUUAUGAGUUACUUCCGCAACAUAAUAUCGAUCUGCUGAAAUACAAUUAUAUUACUCCCAUCCUCUAUAUGGUUUCUCAUGCAUGUAUUUUUCGUGCUCCUUUUUCUUCUUCAGUCCAAGUCCGAAGAUAUCCCCGGAGAUAUCCAGGUAUUUACUACGGAUACUCUGUUGUUAACCCGUAUUAAAAUCAGUCAAGAAACCCUGGAUGGAACUCCGAUACAAGGACGUUUAUCCUCUCUUUUUGCCAAAUUUAAUUUUUAAUUUGUUUCAUGUGUACACCUGUUUAAAUGUAUCUGUUCACUGUUCCUUUAUUGUAACAACGAACGUAUUAAUAAGCAUUUAGCUAUACAGUAUACACCUCGUAGUAAUCCCUUGUUAUUUGCGGGUGGACCUGCAUUUUAUAACUGUAAAUUUCUUUGGAAUGAAUAAACAUACUAGACACGAAGCGUUUAAGAAGAAGUCCUGAAAGUACCGUCUUUUUACAGAAUGUAAUGUACUCAAACUUUGUUUCAAAUAUAAAGAUCCUUCUUGUUGUAUUGCUCCUCCCAGCGAAGUGACGACCGUGGGUUGAGAUUGUUAUUGGUUCUCUAGCUUCUUUGAUCCAAGAGGUUAAUUUCCGGGUGCUUCAGUUUUCCCUUCUCUCCAAAACUGACCCGAAAUUUGCAAAUCCUGCAAGAGUGCUCUAGAGGUUUUUCGUGCGUUUACAAAUGAUAUUUACACUUUACAGUUACAAAGAUUACACCCUAGAGAUGUGCAGUGUAUGUCGGAUGCGUACCUGCUACUCAAGACAUAGCAGCUACCGGUCAACCUGCUGUAAAAGAUGCAAAAUUCUGUUUGAUUUUGGUUUGGUUAUUUUUUAUUACAGGUAGUACCUCCGGAGAGCCCUAGAAGCCGCGUUUCAGAAUGGCUGAAGGAAAAUGUGAUGGAAGAUACUGACAGUCAAAUGAGAGCCGAGUAAGUGCAAAACUGAACGACCUCAUAUCGUGAAACUCUGUUUAGGCUUUGUAGCUGACGGUUUUACCGAAGCUCGAUCAAGGUAAAUUACCACUGAAGUUGCGUGAAGAGUCGAAUAAAGUUGUUUUUUCUCCUUUCUGAUACCCGUUCAGGUGGUUUUCCGCGAAGUUUGCAUCGUGUUCCAACAACACCGCCAAUUACACAAGUUAGAAACUUGUGGAAUCCGUUGUUUUUCUUGCUCGUGGCUGGGGUGGGGUGGGGGCGUUAGGCCAUGUCAGAGGUUUUCCGUAUGUAGCUUUAAAGCACGCUUAUAUCGAGAUCCUUUGUGUUCAUUUUCUAUUUCACGGAUUUUUGCUUGUAGAAAACUGGAGAAAGAGAACAUGGAUCUUAAGGCUUGGAACCAGAAACUCGUUACCAAAGUUACUGACCUGGAAAAUGAGAAGGCGGAGCUCCAGUCCGAACUUGAACAGAUGCAGCUACUUAACAAGUUCAAAAACACGGACUUUAUCAAAGAAAGAGAUGAAUUACAAGGGGAGAUUUCAGAGUUACAAUUACUAGUUGAAGAUUUGAAAGCACAGGUUAGAAAAACAGGCGACCGGCGAAAGUCUUCUUUGGCGUACUUUCCUGAAUUAUGGAACGAAUGCAUUAUUUAUACUACUUCGUUUAGGAGACUUAUCGUAAAUGCUCAAAUUGGCGCCUCCCUUCCGAAAAGUCCCCUCCUUUGAGUAGGCCAUCCCCCUUUAACAUUUUUCCUUACUGAAUAUACGGUGCAUGCUACGUUUAUUUUUAAUGAAUGUGGUAUAGAAUGCACAAUCACUGCAGAAUGACCAUUGGAGGACAUCAGAAUGAUAGAUGUUCAAGAAGCGCUCCCUUGACCAUAGUGCUUGAGGUUAGCGACAGGAAUGAGUUACAACAAAACGUUCAAAGCCAAGAAUGUGCACCAAACGCACCCACAAAAUUGUGUAUAUGCUAAAAGAUACGUUCUAGUUUUCCUUUUUAGUUCAGUUUACAGGUUUUUCCAAAGAAAAAAAGGCAAAUGUUACCUUCAUACUGAAAUUUUGAAGAGUGACGUAAGGGUCGCCACCUCUCCACUCAAAACAUAAAUAAAAAAAUAAAAAAACAGAAAAGCGCCCUGCCUGGGCAGUAAUUCGAGCAUUAACGUUAUUAGAGCUUAUUAGAGCCUCCCAAUCUCGUUCCCAGAGGCCGCGAUCCUUUUGUACAGCGACGGGGAUAACUUACAUCCGCUGUACAAAAGUAACGGAGGCUCUGGGGACGAGAUUGGAGCAAGAGUCAAGGGUUGCUGUAAUUGGGUCGUUCUUUUUUAUUUGGACCCGAGGACUGUUUUAAAGCACAACCGUCUGUCCUCCAUAUCUACCAUGUCAAAAUUAUGACGAUGUUUUCCGUUUAAAUUCCUGGGAUGUUUGUAGAUUGCUUGAUGUUGACGGUCUUUGUGAGUCUUUUUUAAUCAUCCUUUGAACGCCUUACAGCUCCAGCGAGCGGAAACAGAGCUGGACAACUCAAAGGAAAAGCAAAACAUUUCUUCUAGUAUUGAGGUAAGGAUGUCUUGCGUAACCAAGAGAGGAUAAAGGGGACAGAGAAGGCAUCCUCCGUACACACCCUAUUCCAAAGGUAAUUCGUCUCGAGUUAAUUUUAAGACCACAGAUCCUAAGGGGGAUUAGACAACAGCCAAUCACAUGGCGCGAAUGUGUUCCGCGUGGAUGACCCACGCUCAGAGCCACGCGUCCUUCACGAAUUGACGCUGAAAAAAAAUGGCGGAAGACGCGGAGAGCGAUCAGAUAUUGCUAUUCUUUUUGUCGACGAAAACGACUAAAGAGAGAUUUCUACUAGAGCGGUGUCAGCGAAAUGGAAAUUAAAAAGGAAUCACCCUUCCUCUCUUGUAUAGAGCUAACAGUACAGCAGGGAAAUCCUUAACACACUGAAUAUUCUCUCAGGAUCAUUAAUUUUAUAAUUUACAGUUUGAAGAGAGCAAAUUCUGGUUUGAUAUUUAUUCUUUUAUUAGUCUUUUAUUAUUCAACAAAAAUAACACUUGGCGUCCUACUUGCUUUAUUGUACAAACGACCGGUUUCUCAUUUUAUUAAAGCACUGAGGUUACGACAGCUUCGAGUUAAACUAAUUUCAUGAGUUGUCAAAGAGUCCAGCGAUUCUCUUUUCCCAAAUGAGCGCCGACUCAUUUCGCGUCAAUAUUCAGGAAUGCUCUCGAUCUCUUUACGCUUUCAUUGCCUUUCGCCCGACAUGUUUUGCACGGCGUUUAGUCAUGCGAAACCUCCACGAAACAUCCACGCAGCGCGCGAGGUAACUUUAUCCCGAUUCUAAAAAUAACUCGAGACGAAUUACCUAUGGAAUAGGGUGUGUAUCGGGGAUGCCUUCUCUGUCCCUUUUAUCCUCUCUUGGCAUAACUUAAUUUCUUGCCAAGUUGUUUGUUUUCCCCAGUUAUUGCUGUGUCGAUAACCAAUGAGUUAAGCAAUCCUUUACAUAUUUUUUUUUUGCAAGAGUUUCUGCUAUGAACUAAGACAAAAAAUACAGUGCUUUUUGUGAAAUUGUCUACCUCAACCUCGACCUCUUUCUAUCGUGUGCUGCUCACUUUUAAUGGCGGAUUCAGGUCUUUAAGUUAAUGGGAGGCCCGCUCAUCUAUUUCCUAUGAUAAGGUUGGGGGCCGUCUCCAGAAUAAUUGUUCUAAACCCUGAGUGCCUCAGUUUGGGCUAAAAAUAAGCUGGGGCCCAGGUUUUCGGGCCACUCCCCUAAAUCCGCCACCUGCGCAUGCUCCUUGGGGUGGAGUACAGGAUAGAUUUAUUCUCUCCCACAGCCCGGCUUCUCCACAUUUAUUUCUCUUUAAGGGCGUCGCCAUAUUAUCAUGAUCAGCAGCUUCUCUUCAGUUGUAUUUGCUAUAAAAUUACUUCGAUACAAUUAGGCUUAAAUACUGAAUAAUAUGAAGAUGAGGAUGUCUUAUUUUCAGUUAAACAUGGAAUUUUGGCCGAAGUAAAAUGGUACAUGUAACGUCAGCGUUCUCACGCAUUAUUCAGCCUUAUAUCAUUGCCUUGUUUACGCACCUCUGGUAACACAGACUACAGCAGUAUUAAUCUAAAUAAUCUAAGUUGAUGCUUUGGCCUAAAAUACAUAUUCUCGCUUUCUUUGUAAGCCAAGCGCUUUAAUUAAAACUCAGCUCAUGACAAAUAUAAUUGUAAGGUUUUUCUUUUUUAACGCACUGCUAAUGUUCUUAAAAUGCAGGGAGGUAAAUUGAAUGCUAAGAAAUUUGAGGUAAGAAAUGUUUUUGCAAGUGAAAUCUUUGCUACUCACGUCUUAAUAGAUAUUUAGAAAAAUACCAUGUUAUUUUAAGUGCAGGCUUACUCUCCUUUUAAGUAGGAGUACAACGUCCUUAUUUCGAUUUCCAUUUGCAUGAUAUGCCCCUUUGAUACUAACGUACCAGUGAAACGUUGGUAUUAUGUUCUGAGAUUUUGAAGGCGCCUUUAUGCCAACGUUGCAAUGGUGGGUUCGUUUUCAGACGCGCUUCAAGUAUUAUGUAAAUUGCCAAGAAGUAGCUGAAGGGCACGCAUACUUCGUGUCGAAAAUGGGACGUGGGGCUUUGCCUCCUCCUGAAUGCGAGGCUUAACCUGCCCUUUUAAAGAAUAUUGUAGUAUUUUUUGGAGAGGCCUAUCGGCCGCUAUUUAUUGGCCAUACUCUUUUCUGCAAUUCUAAUUAAAUACUUAACCGCGCAGGUCGAAAUAUCUUCCCUUUUCUGUGUUUUUUUUUUUAAUUUGAAAACUCGCGCCGCUAGUUAUUCAGUUGAAGUACUUUCUCGUGUUACCCUCGUCAAAUAAAGUUGAUUAUUAUUAUUAUUAUUAUUAUUAUUAUUGUUAUUAUUAUUAUUAUAAAUGUUUUAGAGCUUUAAGCGACAUUCAUACACGGACGUUGAAAACAAUUAAGAAGGGAAAUUAGACUCUGCCAGUAAUAUUGACGGCGGCGUUGAAGGGGCAGAGACCGGGAGGAGUAUAUAAAAGACGUUGCCUUCAAGCUGUUAACUGAUUUUUUUCUCAGCUUUGUCAAGUUAGAGGCUGGCUAUGUAAGAGAGGUGUGAAAGGACUCACUGGAAGAAGAUGGAGACGCCGCUGGUUUUCUACCGAUAAAAAUGGCAGGCUCUAUUAUUAUCAGAAAAACAACAACACAUUGCCUAGAGGGUACGUAGCUGGGUAUCCUGUGACACUUGUCUCUUGGGGAAAACUCGUCGAACAAGGUCCUUUUGCAGUCAAUCAUAAUUCUUCACUCCAUAAUUUAUAUCGAAAAUGGGUACCAAGCCUUUAGCACAAAGAUUGUUGGGAUCGUGUGUGUGGACAAUGUAAGCUAUGAUUGGUUGAUUGGUUCCCUUGGUAGCCUGCGAACAGCAGACGCAUUUCCGGUCGUCGGAAAUAGCGUCGCUAUUUUUCGGAGGGAGAGAAGCGACGACCGGAAAUGCGUCUGCUGUUCGCAUGCUAUUCCCUUGGAUACUAUCGAUUAUUCAUAACUAACGCGUGUCCAUGCAAACGAUUCUAGAAAUCGUUUCCCCGACAGCUUGUAUCCAUUCGCCCUGUAGUUUACUGGAGUGGUGAAUAGUGAGACUGUAUACAAUGGCCACAUCAUUUUCAUGGACAGAAAAUGUCAUGUUUUAAACAAACGGACAGUUCGUUCUACUGCAUACACUGUAUCUGUUGUAGACGAAAUCUAUUCUCAGGUUAAACCAAUAUUCAACCUAGUUUGAUUCAGAAUUUCCUUCGUUUGCUGAUUUGAUGAAGGGUACAAACAAAGUCCUAAUUUAAACGUAAGACGGAUUUUUUCUUACAACUUAUCUUGUGUAAUUUGUGCUAAUCGGCGCUGAGUUGCGUCUUCCGUGUGAACCCAGUUUACGCUACACUCUGUUUUACCUCCUGCAGUCUAAUACUAAAGUAUUAUUGGAUGAGGUUUUGGUGAUACGUGGAAGAUGUUAUUAUCAGCCGAAACUUAUAAUACUUACCAAUGCAUUGAUAAUUCCGCACAUUACAAUCAUCUAAUGGUUGUUUUGAUAAACACUCAUCAAAGAACGUAACGACCAUCGCUCAGUCAUAUGAAACACACUAUAUUAUUUUCCAAAAAAGAAGGUACGAAUAUGCGAUUAAAGAAAUUUUACACCGUCUAUGGAAGACUCGCCCGACAUGUUUUGCACGGCGUUUAGUCAUGCGAAACCUCCACGAAACAUCCACGCAGCGCGCGAGGUAACUUUAUCCCGAUUCUAAAAAUAACUCGAGACGAAUUACCUAUGGAAUAGGGUGUGUAUCGGGGAUGCCUUCUCUGUCCCUUUUAUCCUCUCUUGGCAUAACUUAAUUUCUUGCCAAGUUGUUUGUUUUCCCCAGUUAUUGCUGUGUCGAUAACCAAUGAGUUAAGCAAUCCUUUACAUAUUUUUUUUUUGCAAGAGUUUCUGCUAUGAACUAAGACAAAAAAUACAGUGCUUUUUGUGAAAUUGUCUACCUCAACCUCGACCUCUUUCUAUCGUGUGCUGCUCACUUUUAAUGGCGGAUUCAGGUCUUUAAGUUAAUGGGAGGCCCGCUCAUCUAUUUCCUAUGAUAAGGUUGGGGGCCGUCUCCAGAAUAAUUGUUCUAAACCCUGAGUGCCUCAGUUUGGGCUAAAAAUAAGCUGGGGCCCAGGUUUUCGGGCCACUCCCCUAAAUCCGCCACCUGCGCAUGCUCCUUGGGGUGGAGUACAGGAUAGAUUUAUUCUCUCCCACAGCCCGGCUUCUCCACAUUUAUUUCUCUUUAAGGGCGUCGCCAUAUUAUCAUGAUCAGCAGCUUCUCUUCAGUUGUAUUUGCUAUAAAAUUACUUCGAUACAAUUAGGCUUAAAUACUGAAUAAUAUGAAGAUGAGGAUGUCUUAUUUUCAGUUAAACAUGGAAUUUUGGCCGAAGUAAAAUGGUACAUGUAACGUCAGCGUUCUCACGCAUUAUUCAGCCUUAUAUCAUUGCCUUGUUUACGCACCUCUGGUAACACAGACUACAGCAAUAUUAAUCUAAAUAAUCUAAGUUGAUGCUUUGGCCUAAAAUACAUAUUCUCGCUUUCUUUGUAAGCCAAGCGCUUUAAUUAAAACUCAGCUCAUGACAAAUAUAAUUGUAAGGUUUUUCUUUUUUAACGCACUGCUAAUGUUCUUAAAAUGCAGGGAGGUAAAUUGAAUGCUAAGAAAUUUGAGGUAAGAAAUGUUUUUGCAAGUGAAAUCUUUGCUACUCACGUCUUAAUAGAUAUUUAGAAAAAUACCAUGUUAUUUUAAGUGCAGGCUUACUCUCCUUUUAAGUAGGAGUACAACGUCCUUAUUUCGAUUUCCAUUUGCAUGAUAUGCCCCUUUGAUACUAACGUACCAGUGAAACGUUGGUAUUAUGUUCUGAGAUUUUGAAGGCGCCUUUAUGCCAACGUUGCAAUGGUGGGUUCGUUUUCAGACGCGCUUCAAGUAUUAUGUAAAUUGCCAAGAAGUAGCUGAAGGGCACGCAUACUUCGUGUCGAAAAUGGGACGUGGGGCUUUGCCUCCUCCUGAAUGCGAGGCUUAACCUGCCCUUUUAAAGAAUAUUGUAGUAUUUUUUGGAGAGGCCUAUCGGCCGCUAUUUAUUGGCCAUACUCUUUUCUGCAAUUCUAAUUAAAUACUUAACCGCGCAGGUCGAAAUAUCUUCCCUUUUCUGUGUUUUUUUUUUUAAUUUGAAAACUCGCGCCGCUAGUUAUUCAGUUGAAGUACUUUCUCGUGUUACCCUCGUCAAAUAAAGUUGAUUAUUAUUAUUAUUAUUAUUAUUAUUAUUGUUAUUAUUAUUAUUAUAAAUGUUUUAGAGCUUUAAGCGACAUUCAUACACGGACGUUGAAAACAAUUAAGAAGGGAAAUUAGACUCUGCCAGUAAUAUUGACGGCGGCGUUGAAGGGGCAGAGACCGGGAGGAGUAUAUAAAAGACGUUGCCUUCAAGCUGUUAACUGAUUUUUUUCUCAGCUUUGUCAAGUUAGAGGCUGGCUAUGUAAGAGAGGUGUGAAAGGACUCACUGGAAGAAGAUGGAGACGCCGCUGGUUUUCUACCGAUAAAAAUGGCAGGCUCUAUUAUUAUCAGAAAAACAACAACACAUUGCCUAGAGGGUACGUAGCUGGGUAUCCUGUGACACUUGUCUCUUGGGGAAAACUCGUCGAACAAGGUCCUUUUGCAGUCAAUCAUAAUUCUUCACUCCAUAAUUUAUAUCGAAAAUGGGUACCAAGCCUUUAGCACAAAGAUUGUUGGGAUCGUGUGUGUGGACAAUGUAAGCUAUGAUUGGUUGAUUGGUUCCCUUGGUAGCCUGCGAACAGCAGACGCAUUUCCGGUCGUCGGAAAUAGCGUCGCUAUUUUUCGGAGGGAGAGAAGCGACGACCGGAAAUGCGUCUGCUGUUCGCAUGCUAUUCCCUUGGAUACUAUCGAUUAUUCAUAACUAACGCGUGUCCAUGCAAACGAUUCUAGAAAUCGUUUCCCCGACAGCUUGUAUCCAUUCGCCCUGUAGUUUACUGGAGUGGUGAAUAGUGAGACUGUAUACAAUGGCCACAUCAUUUUCAUGGACAGAAAAUGUCAUGUUUUAAACAAACGGACAGUUCGUUCUACUGCAUACACUGUAUCUGUUGUAGACGAAAUCUAUUCUCAGGUUAAACCAAUAUUCAACCUAGUUUGAUUCAGAAUUUCCUUCGUUUGCUGAUUUGAUGAAGGGUACAAACAAAGUCCUAAUUUAAACGUAAGACGGAUUUUUUCUUACAACUUAUCUUGUGUAAUUUGUGCUAAUCGGCGCUGAGUUGCGUCUUCCGUGUGAACCCAGUUUACGCUACACUCUGUUUUACCUCCUGCAGUCUAAUACUAAAGUAUUAUUGGAUGAGGUUUUGGUGAUACGUGGAAGAUGUUAUUAUCAGCCGAAACUUAUAAUACUUACCAAUGCAUUGAUAAUUCCGCACAUUACAAUCAUCUAAUGGUUGUUUUGAUAAACACUCAUCAAAGAACGUAACGACCAUCGCUCAGUCAUAUGAAACACACUAUAUUAUUUUCCAAAAAAGAAGGUACGAAUAUGCGAUUAAAGAAAUUUUACACCGUCUAUGGAAGACUUCCUGUGCAGUUUUGGUGUAUCUUUUAAACUUUCAGAGUCUUUAUCUUCAAAUAAUUUAUUGAUUUCCUGUUCAGUCGAGGUGGCAAACCGACGAGUCGUGUUUUUGGCUGUGUGCAAAGAUGCCACUCUACACCCGUGACUUGAUGUUGCUCUUAGAAAUCAUGCAUUGCGCAAUCGUGCAUAAUAGUUGAAGCAAUAAUGAUAACAUAUUAAUCUUUCCUUUUAGACUUCAGUAAAUUGUUUAAUGUACCAUCAAUACCAUAAGACUAAACGACUAAAUUCUUUUUUCGUGGUUUUGUCUCAGAUUCAUUGAUCUUGAUGUAGUGAUCGCUGUUCAGGACCAACCGCCUUCACAGCAAGACAUUAACAAGGCAUGUUUUAAUGUGGUGACGCCCACCCGAACUUACCAGUUAAUGGCGCACGAUGAGGAGGAAAAGCUAAGGUACCGUUCAUAUUAACUGUUGUAUGGAAUUCCUAGAUAUGGCCUGUUUUCGCAUUGCAGACCAUACGAGAACUGUUCCUUUCAAAUGCCACACUAUCCAUGUGCAUAUGCAUGCUUAGGGAAAGGCAAAUUCCCUUGAGAAUAUCACGUGGUCUGAAUGGGGAAAAUAAAAUAUACAAGCUAAAAGGGCCUAUUCCUUGACAGUAUGCAAGAGAUAAUCAAACCAUAGCUCCGCGAUUGCAUAGUAUUCACGGAAUGUAUGUUUUUGCCUUAAACGUUGCGUUAGAGUUGUCCUUAAUUUGGCCCCUAAGGUAAUUUUGCAAUCGCCUUGGUUUGUAUUGCCACAGUUAGUAAUAGGCCAUUUGCGAGUUCCCCCGGGCCUCUGUAUCAAAACGAGGUUAGGUGCUCAACCUUUGAUAUGGAAAUGAUUUUUCAUUCUCAUGCAAAUAAAACUCAUUUCCACAAGAAAGGUUGAGCACCUAACCUCGUUUUGAUACAGAGGCCCGAGGGAACUGGGAAAUGGCCUAUUGGUUAAAAUGUCGAGCCAUCUAUACUGUGACAUGCAUUUUCCUGCGCUUGAUUCUGAUUGGCUCAUCAUAUUGUCCGCACUUGUUACAAUUGGUUAGCAUUAUAAUUAAGCCUGAAGUCUCUCUCGAUGACACCACUGCUCACAGUGGGACCCAGGUUUGACCAAGCACAGAGCAUCUUGUGACUAAAGCUGAUAUCAUUAUACUUCGUUUUUGAACCGUUCUCUAACGUCAGUCGUUUUUCUAGGUGGAUCAAUGCUUUGGAUUAUUUACGGCACUGGAGAAAUCGUCUGUCGACUUGCAAUGAAAAAUAUUAAACUUAAGUCCUAGGAAAGGAAUUGUAGCCACCCGUGCCGAGGAUAAGAAUGGUCAACAGAUAUAAUUGAGUUAUCACAGUCGGUAAAGAAAAGAAACAAGAGGAAAGAAGCGUUGAAGCAGGGGAUGCCAACGUGAAGUUCCUUUAUUGUUCGAGGAAAGGAAGGAUUGUACAUUGUAAAAUCUUAUUCUUAUUUUUUUUU